AUGGCUGCUCUGACUCGGAAUGAAGCCAUCCGUCGACUCAGAAAUUAUGUCCCUCCGCCAACGGCCUACGAUCAGGUCCCGCUGAUCAGGCGGGCGGCGGUGCUUCUCCUGCUCUAUGCCGAUCCUAAAGGAAACCUGAGGAUCGUGAUUACGAUGCGGGCCAAGACCUUGAGUUCGUGCCGAGCAGACACGUUAGCGGAGACACCGUUCCAGACUGCGCGCCGCGAAGCGAACGAAGAGAUCGGCCUUCCCGAGAUCGAUCUGCCGCGCCCCUUCUCAGUUGAGCAUCUCUGCGAGUUGCCGGCCAAUCUGGCCAAAACGGAACUGGUCGUGCGUCCCUGCGUCGCGCUUCUUCAUUCGUACGACUCGACCACUGGAGAGAAUGCCGACCCGGAAGUAUCGUUAAUUCCGCAGUUGGACGCGCGAGAGGUCGCUGAGGUGUUUACGGCGCCCUUCCGGUCAUUCUUGGACCUGAAACAGGAUGGGAGGGAUGACGAGUGGUAUCGCGGAUCAUGGAGUUUAUGGCAUAGUGAAAACUGGCGCAUGCAUCAAUUCUUUGUUCGCGGGAACGCCUUCAAGCCUCGCGGCAACUCCGAACAUGCCACGCUCCAGGAUCGGGGUCAAGGGACGCGACGGGUCUUUGGCAUGACGGCCCGCAUCAUAGUGGAUGCCGCGCGACUCGCCUAUGCACGGGAGCCGGAAUUCGAGCAUAAUAGCCACCUGGGCGACGAAGAUAUGAUUGCCAAAUUAAGACGCAUGGGUCGACUGAGCGAGACCCGCUCGCCCUCGGAUGAACUCACCCGUGAGACCAUGGAGAAGGCCAAAUUAAGUUAG